AUGCACCUUCACACCACAGCCUCCAAGGCUGGAGUCUGGACACAGCACAGCACUGCUGACAGCCUCAGUAUCUCAGCUCAGAUAAGGGUGUUUAUGUCUCUCUCUGGUUUUCUGGUUGUUUCAUUUCCUCUCCCGCUCCCCCCCACCCCUCUCUCUCUCUCUCUCUCUUUCCUCCACCUCUCUCUCUCUUUCUCUUUCUCUUUCUCUUUCUCUUUCUCUUUCUCUUUCUCUGUCUCUCUCUCUGUGUAAAAACCAGCAGGCACUGUACACGACCCUUAUCAUUUGCCAAUGCAAAUACUUUCACCCAGACAUUCACUUUCUUAUUAUCUGCACUUACUGCCCAGUGCCAUCUAUAUCAGUAAGUCCAGUAGCUGUAGAGGUAUGAGGUAAAACAUGCCCUCCAUAGCUCCACAGUGGGGAUGUGCUGCUAACCUGUCUCUGAUUGGGCUGCCUCUGUCUGGGGCUCUGAUCAGCACAGACUGGGGGUGGAUGUCCUGUCUGAAUAAUGAAUGCCUUUUCCCUGGCUGUGGUGAAGAAAAAGUGUCUACCCAAAAUGUUCCAUGUACUGUUUUUGCUGUCUGUGAAGCCUACCUUCUUCAGCCUCUGCCUGUUACAGAUUUACAGUAGGAUCUUAAUUUGAGCCAGUUUGCUACAGCAGGAAAUGAAUCCUGCAGCAACAGGAAAUGUUAAUUAUUAUGUGGAUUAUAAUUAAUGGACAUUUUUGUAGGGGUUGAUACAUUUUUCGUAAGGUAAAAAUCAAGUCUGAAAUGUCAACGUGGAAAUUACUAACUUCAGAAGUAUUUUUAAACCUCAAAUACACUACGCGUUUUUAAAUUUCCUGCAUUGCAGGAAAGUUCUCCUUCAACAGGUUGAUCAAAUUAAGACCCUACAUCUGUAUAAUAACCAUACAGUGCAUUUGGAAAGUAUUCAGACCCAUUGACUUUUUCCACAUUUUGUUACAUUACAGCCUUAUUCUAAAAUGGAUUAAAUAAAACAAUUCCUCAUCAAUCUACACACACUACCCCAUAAUGACAAAGUACAUUUUUGCAAAUGUAUUAAUAAUAAACAGAAAUAAUAAGUAUUCAGACCAUUUGCUAUGAGACUUGAAAUUGAGCUCCUGUUUCCAUUGAUCAUCCUUGAGAUGUUUCUACAACUUGAUUGGAGUCCACCUGUGGUAAAUUCAAUUGAUUGGACAUGAUUUGGAAUGGCACACACCUGUCUAUAUACAGUUGAAGUCAGAAGUUUACAUACACAUAGAUUGGAGUUCCAAAAAAUGAUGUCAUGGCUUUAGAAGCUUCUGAUAGGCUAAUUGACAUCAUUUGAGUCAAUUGGAGGUGUACCUGUGGAAGUAUUUCAAGGCCUACCUUCAAACUCAGUGCCUCUUUGCUUGACAUCAUGGGAAAAUCAAAAUAAAUUAGCCAAGACCUCAGAAAAACAAUUGUAGACCUCCACAAGUCUGGUUCAUUCUUGGGAGCAAUUUCCAAACGCCUUAAUGUACCACGUUCAUCUGUACAAACAAUAGUACGCAAGUAUAAACACCAUGGGACCACGCAGCCGUCAUACCGCUCAGGAAGGAGACGCAUUCUGUCGCCUAGAGAUUAACGUACUUUGGUGCAAAAAGUGCAAAUCAAUCCCAGAACAACAGCAAAGGACCUUGUGAAGAUGCUGGAGGAAACAGGUACAGAAUUAUCUAUAUCCACAGUAAAUAAGUCCUAUAUCGACAUAACCUGAAAGGCCGCUCAGCAAGGAAGAAGCCACUGCUCCAAAACCACCAUAAAAAAGCCAGACUACGGUUUGCAACUGCACAUGGGGACAAAGAUCAUACUUUUUGAAGAAAUGUCCUCUGGUCUGAUGAAACAAAAAUAGAACUGUUUGGCCAAAAUGACCAUCGUUAUGUUUGGAGGAAAAAGGGGGAUGCUUGCAAGCCGAAGAACACCAUCCCAACCGUGAAGCACGGGGGUGGCAGCAUCAUGCUGUGGGGGUGCUUUGCUGCAGGAGGGACUGGUGCACUUCAUAAAAUAGAUGGCAUCAUGAGGAAGGACAAUUAUGUGGAUAUAUUGAAGCAACAUCUCAAGACAUCAGUCAGGAAGUUAAAGCUUGGUCGCAAAUGGGUCUUCCAAAUGGACAAUGACCCCAAGUAUACUUCCAAAGUUGUGGCAAAAUGGCUUAAGGACAACAAAGUCAAGGUAUUGGAAUGGCCAUCACAAAGCCCUGACCUCAAUCUUAUAGAAAAUGUGUGGGCAGAACUGAAAAAGUGUGUCCAAGCAAGGAGGCCUACAAACCUGACUCAGUUACACCAGCUCUGUCAGGAGGAAUGGGCAAAGAAUUCACCCAACAUAUUGUGGGAAGCUUGUGGAAGGCUACUCGAAACGUUUGACCCAAGUUAAACCAUUUAAAGGCAAUGCACCCAAAUACUAAUUGAGUGUAUGUAAACUUCUGACCCACUGGGAAUGUGAUGAAAUAAAUAAAAGUAAUAAUAAAUCAUUCUCUCUACUAUUAUUCUGACAUUUCACAUUCUUAAAAUAAAGCUGAGUUUAAAUGUAUUUGGCUAAGGUGUAUGUAAACUUCCGACUUCAACUGUAAGGUCCCACAGUUGACAGUGCAUGUCAGAACAAAAACCAAGCAAUGAGGUUGAAGGAAUUGUACGUAGAGCUCCGAGACAGGAUUGUUUCGAGGCACAGAUCUGGGGAAUGGUAAUAAAACAUUCUGCAGCAUUGAAGGUUCCCAAGAACACAGUGGCCUCCAUCAUUCUUGAAUGGCAGAAGUUUGGAACCACCAAGACUCUUCCUAGAUCUGGCCGCCCGGCCAAACUGAGCAAUCGGGGGAGAAGGGCCUUGGUCAGGGAUGUGACCAAGAACCCGAUGGUCACUCUGACAGAGCUCCAGAGUUCCUCUGUGGAGAUGGGAGAACCUUCCAGUAGGACAACCAUCUCUGCAGCACUCCACCAAUCAGGCAUUAUGGUAGAGUGGCCGGACGGAAGCCACUCCUCAGUAAAAGGCACAUGACAGCCUGCUUGGAGUUUUCCAAAAGGCACCUAAAGGACUCAGACCAUGAGAAACAAGAUUCUCUGGUCUGAUGAAACCAAGAUGGAACUCUUUGGCCUGAAUGCCAAGCGUCACGUCUAGAGGAAACCUGGCACCAUCCCUACGGUGAAGCAUGGUGGUGGCAGCAUCAUGCUGUGGGGAUGUUUUUCAGCGGCAGCGACUGGGAGACUAGUCAGGAUCGAGGGAAAGAUGAACAGAGCAAAGUACAGAGAGAUCCUUGAUGAAAACCUGUUCCAGAGCGCUCGGGACCUCUGACUGGGGCGAAGGUUCACCUUCCAACAGGACAACAACCCUAAGCACACAGCCAAGACAACGCAGGAGUGGCUUCGGGACAAGUCUCUGAAUGUCCUUGAGUGGCCCAGCCAGAGCCCGGACUUGAACCCGAUCUAACAUCUCUGGAGAGACCUGAAAAUAGCUGUGCAGCGAUGCUCCCCAUCCAACCUGACAGAGCUUGAGAGGAUCUGCAAAGAAUGGGAUAAACUCCCCAAAUACAGGUGUGCCAAAGGUGCUUCAACAAAGUACUGAGUAAAGGGUCUGAAUACUUAUGUAAAUGUAUUAUUUCAGUUUAUUUAUCUUUAUAAAGUUGCAACAAUUUCUAAGAAGCUGUUUUUGCUUUGUCAUUAUGGGGUAUUGUGUGUAGAUUGAUGAGGAAAAAUAACAAUUUCAUACAUUUUAGAAUAAGGCUGUAACAUAACAAAAUUUGGAAAAAGUGAAGGGGUCUGAAUACUUUCCGAAUGCACUGUAACAAAAGCCUUUAGAAAUGUGUUAAGUGAAGUUUCUACUUCAAUAAAAAAGGAAAGGUGCAUGUCAAAGCAGAAAGUGCCUUCCAGUGCAUCUCUGGCAUAGCAGGGGUUCUUUGGAAAGUAAAUUCAAAUUGCUGAGCUUUGUGGCACUAACAAUUCUGCUUAGCUAGCUGUACAUUGUUUCUCACCCUCAUUAACAUAGACAACACAAACAACUUUGUUUAGAGAUCUAGCAAAGAAGGUGUGGCAAAUAGGUGUACCUUUUUGUUUCCAUCUCUAUCUUCUUAGACACUGUGUAUUUCCCUCAGUUAAUGGUUCUCAAACUGCCACUUAUCUUAGCUAAUGCAGUAGCUGUCAGCAAGAGACAAACAGAGAGAGAAGACCGAUAUAAUUAAUUUGUAUCAUGGCCUCCACUGAGUUAAGUCGUUGGGGUUGAGAAAUGGGUUUGAUAGACAUCCAGCCCCCACAGGCCAAAGACCAAUGGAGUAUAACUGAUGGUUGUAAUUUACCAGUAGAGCACUUAGUAGAAGGACAGGUCUAUAACCAUACUGUAAUAUUUGAGGCAGUAUUGAAAAGUCAGACAAGACACAUUUAAACAGAAUGUGUUCACUUGUGACUGAUUUCACCCAUGCAGGAAUAACUGUGAAUUCUUUUAAAAAAUCAUUUUGUGAAUCAUUUUCAGAAUCAAGAUCUCUUUAACGAGGGAGACCUGUGGAUAGAUAUGAACAGUUGCUGUUUCAAAUCAAAUCAAAUGUUAUUUGUCACAUGCGCCAAAUACAACAGGUGUAGUCCCUUACCGUGAAAUGCUUACUUACAAGCCCUUAACCAACAAUGCAGUUUUAAGAAAAAUUUACUAAAUAAACUAAAGUAAAACAAAUAAAAGAGCAACAGUAAAAUAACAAUAAUGAGGCUAUAUACAGGGGGUACCAAGUCAAUGUGCAGGGGCUGUUUGUUUGCAACUGAAUAAUUAAUGUCGCAAACUCCUCUUGUCAACAUUGUCUCUGUGUCUUAUUUACCUCUUUGACUCCCUGUAAAGAAGCCAGGUGUUUCUAUUGUAUCAUCAAAACAAAUCGAUAGGGGUGAAAAUCAACCUGGAACAACCUCAUCACACCUUAUGUGCUCAAUCUGAUACACAAGCUCGCCUCUGUUGCAGGUCGGAAAUCCCUGCUCCCUAAUCAGUUCAGGCUCUCCUGCAGACCUAGCAGACAUUCUA